AUGUCCUCAUUCUUCGAGUUUGCUAAACCCAAAAUGAUUGAUAUCAAAAAGAAGAUCAACUUUGCCAACGUGACCAGCGAAAGGGCCGACGAGCCGGUCCAGCAGCAGCAGCCGGAACAGCAACAGCCGGCGGCUCAGCAGCACACGCCGACCGCAAGGGCAUCUUCCAACCCUUUUAUUACUCCGAUCACCGAAAGUACACCUGGUACGUAGAUAUUACAACAACAUUACGACUCGAUCGUUUGCUAACAUUGGUUUUGUUCUGCAAAAGAUUGCAUUAACCCUCCCGUUAAUUUCCCAUGUUUUUUAAUACUUCAGCUAUGUCAGAAUCAUGGGUCGAACUGGCUCCGAGCCGUACCAGCCUUUGCAGCAGUGUCGAUAUCAACAUGGUCAUUGUGGACGAGAAGGACAAGGACUCGAGAUUGAGCCCGGUGUCAAUGGUUCAGUCUCCCCAUGUCGAGUUUGAGAAUUUGGAGCAAGUGAAGUACAAAUUGGUGCGAGAGAUGCUUCCGCCCGGAAAGAACACUGACUGGAUCUGGGACUGGAGUAGCCGACCGGAGAACACUCCGCCAAAGUAGGACUUUUCAAAAUCGAUACUGGUAAUCAGCGUUCAUUCAGAACUGUUCGAAUGGUGCAAUACGGCUCCAACCUGACCACACCGCCAAACUCUCCAGAGCCAGAGCUCUAUCAUCACAUGCCACUAGAAUCCGAUUCGCUCUUCAACGUGCGUGUGGUCUUCGGUUUUCUAGUCACCAACAUCUUCAGUUUUGUUGUCGGAGCCGCUGUCGGGUACGUCUUCUAUGUCCUUUCCAUUACCUCUCGUCUUGUUUUUCAGAUUCGCAGUGUGCCGGAAAAUAAUCAAGCAUCACCGUCACUGA